AUGGAGCUGUGCGGGCGCCAGAAAGUUGUCCAGCGCAAGAUGGUACUCUUAGGAGAUGGUGCUUGCGGCAAGACGUCAGCUUUGAAUGUGUUUACAAGAGGGUACUCAUUCGUUCCAGACAUUUUCGUCGACAACGUACACAUGGAGUUGUCGCUGUGGGAUACAGCCGGUCAAGAAGAAUUCGAUCGAUUACGGGCACUGUCCUACGAGGAUACACAUGUUAUAAUGCUAUGUUUCAGCGUCGAUAGCCCCGACUCGUUCGAAAAUGUGGCGACAAAAUGGAUUGAUGAGAUUCGCGAGAAUUGCCCCGGCGUGAAGUUAGUCCUCACGGCACUCAAAUGCGAUCUGCGAAAAGACGACGAGUUGAACGACAACCCGAACGCUAUCACAUUCGAACAAGGAUUAGCGAAAGCAAAGGAAAUCGGCGCUGUAAAAUAUCUUGAAUGCUCUGCUGUUCAGAAUCGCGGUAUCAGGGAGACCUUUUAUGAAGCCGCCAAGGUCGCUCUUGAUGUGAAGCCUGCAGGAUCCAGCGGGUCCAAGGGACAGUGCAUUAUCCUCUGA